UUUGAUGACUUUACCCUCACUUCUGAGUUCUCACCAUCUUUACCUCAUAUUGGUUGUACUUCACCAAAUUUGCUCCGUACUCUCCGACGCCGAAGAUAAUCUUACAUUGUCCAAGCUAAAAGCCAAUAGCAUAGUGCCAAACGUGAUACCCACAAUGCCACAAUUCGCACUAUCGGUUGAAUACAAACACGCGACCAUAAAGGCCGGAGACAUGAUUAAUGGAUCCAAAAUUAUCGAUGAACCGGUGAGAGUAGUAUGGCCAAGGAAAAUUAACUCUUAUUACACUCUUUUCAUGAUAGGUCCAGAUGCCCCAGUACGUGAACAGCCGAUAGAUAGGAAUUGGCUUCACUGGCUAGUAACAAAUUUACAGGGGACUGACGUAGAAGAUGGCGACGAAAUUGCAGAGUAUUGUGGGUCUUUAGCCGGGUAUGAAAAAGGUCCUCAUUGGCUAGUUUACGUCGUAUACGAAAAUCCAAGCGGAAAAGAAAUACAAUUUGACGAGGAGCCUUUAGCCGAGGAUGAUCCUUUUGAGAAACGCACGUCUUUUGAUCUCUUGAAUUUUACACGAAAAUACGGUAUGCAUACUCCAGUAGCUGCAAAUUUUGCUGAGGUAACUGUAUACUAGCUUGUCUCAAAUGAAAGAUUGUAUCUAGAAUACAUUGAUGAUUAUAUUCAAUGAGCCGAGUAUAGCAGGGAACCUUCUUUCAAUCAUAUUACUGAAAUGGACUUACCUGUUAAUAAAUGUAUAUUUCUUUUUAAGGUUUGAUCUUAGCCAUGUAUCAUGCAGAAGAUCACGAGGAAAUUAAAUAGCUUUAACGCAUGUGAUCAAACAAUCUAGUCACUUAAGUUAAGUACUUGAAUAUUUUGUAAACAAAAACAUGUAUGUAUUUUUUAACUAAAGAAAUAUUUGUAGUUUUACGUAUUCGUAUUUUAAAAUUUAAUGUCAGAAAGGAAGGAAGGAAGGGCGGAAAUUGGAAUGUAAAGAGCAUUAUUAAAACCCGCUAGAAAUCACGUUGUGAAGUCUCCCUGGGGAUUUAAAAUGUUUUUUUUUUUUUUUUUUUUUUUGCCAAGAAAAACUCGCAAAAGUUCAACUAAGGGACCCGCAAUGCUCUUUUGAAUGGUUUCCCGGCGAAUGAAUUGCGACAAUUCCUAAAAAUCGAAUUGCCGUCAAUUUAACCGCAACAAGUGGCGGUUUUGGAAUCGAACAUUGGAAAGCAAGGCGAGAAUCAAGAACUAUUAAAGUCAUAAUUAUAUUGGGUGUAGGUGUAAUGUUUCAGAUUGCGGGUCAUUAUGAAGGCUCUUAAAUGUAAUUUUAAGGGGUAUUUAAUCAUGCUCAUGUUAGUUCUCUUUUCUAAUAAUUUUCAACUAUUUUUUUUCAUAUUAUUUUGUUCAUUAUAGUAACAGGUACACCUGUGUUGAGAAUUUAAGAAGCAUUUGAAGGAUAAGAUGUACAACAACAAACAAAUAAAUUAUAUUUAUUCAAUACGAG